AAUGGGUAGUUGCGCAACUAAAAAUUAAGAAAAUGAAGUUUCUCUCCCUUCUAAUCCUAGAUUACAAAGAGCUUACUAAGUAAAAUCUAAUUGAAUUUAUAGCAAUAUUCAUAAAUCAUAGAAAUUACUCAUCCACUUAAUGUGAAUCAGAAAUACAAUAGUUACUUUACUUUGAUACCAGAUUAAUUUGUAGGUACAGGAAUAAAGAAGACAAAUUAAUAUGAAUCUCGUCUUUCAAAAGAAGAAUGGCAAUAAAAAAGAGUUGAAUUCUGGGGUAUAAAUGAUUGUUUGAUAGUAGAAUCUAGAAUAGAGGGAUAGAAGGAAAAUUGGAUUACUAUAAAAGCUGCAUUGGAAGCUGAUGAAGGUAUGUAUUAUUGUAAAUUAGGAACUGCAAAAACACUUUUGUAAGCUGCUGACUUAAAGCUAAUCAAAAAUAGUAUGUAAAUUGUUUUUGAUAAUCAUGGUAUUAUAAUAAAAAUAGAAAUAUUUAGGAUAGAAAUAUGAUUUACCAGUUUUUGUAAUUCAUAAUCCUAUUUCUUUUCCAUAGAAAUAAUCUUAUGAUUAAAAUCUUUACUAAAAUUUUGACCGUAAGGUUGUUAAGGUAAUUUUUGAUGUAUAUUUUGUAGUUUAAAUUGAGAUGUACAAAAUGGAACACUGAUAAGGAGAUAUCCUAUAACACAGGAGACAAGGUUGAAUCAUUAAUAAAAGAAUUACAAUCUUAGGAGAAUCCAUAGAAGAUGAAAUUGUUUGUAAAUGGCAGAGAAAUGAAAGGCCAUAAUAUGUUUGGAAAUUAUGGUGUCUAAGAUAAUUCUGUAAUUAUUCCCAAUUAUCUUUUUUUAGGUUGUACAAGCAUUUAUGUUCUGAUUAUAUAAUAAUAUAUAUAUUUAUGAAUAAAUAGAGACGUUAGAAAAUACUUCCAAUUCAAUAACUUUAGGCUAAACUUAAAUAGUUGAAAUAAAGCAUAAGAGCUAGUGAAAUCAAAUCUCUAAGAUCAUCUUGCCUUUUGACUGAAACCACUCCAAUAGACAAAUUGGAUAAAAUCAAAAAACUAAAUCCUAAUAGUAGUGUUGAUGGCAAGACUAUGUAUCUCAAACCUUCUUUUAAAACAAAGAUGAAAACUUCAAAAAGGUAUUUCUAAAUCAAUUUUUAGUCCAUAAUCUAUGAAAUUAAAAACAAGUUCUGUACUAACCUAAAAAAAAACAAUUCCUUCACCUUAAAAGCCUCUUAAAGAUAUAGUAAAACAUUAUAUUAAGAGUAAAAUUCCAAAAAGUAGAACUCCAUCUAAGUCACCUCCAUAAAAGAUCAAGAAAUUAUCAAGUCCAUAAUAAAGACAAGUUAGAAGUCAAAGUAAAAAGAAGAUCAAAUAUAAAACUACUAUUAGUUCACCUAAUAAAGUUAAUAAGAAAAGCAAAAAAUAGAAAACUUAAAAUCAAUAUUAUUAACCAUAAAUAAGUAAGGUAAGUUCUAUUAGAUUAAAUACUUUUUCAGUGAGUGAAGAUCCACAUAAAAUGUUAAUGAAUUAGAUUAUUGAUGAAUUACAAUAGAUGAAUGAGAAAUAAAUCAUAGAAUUAUAAUCUUAUUUAAAGAAUAUAAAAUAAUAAAAAAUUGAUGAAGCAUUAUAAACAAGUUUACAUGAAAAAAUAGAUAUUUAAUUAAAACAUCAAUAAAAAGCAUUUCAUGAAAGUUUACCAUUAAAUAUAAUUAAUGAAAUUUGUCAUUAAAGAGAAUCAACUAUAAAUGUAAGAGUUAAAAUGUAAAUGGAUGCAUUUUCUACUUUAUUAGAAUAACAAAAAAUCUCACCAAGAUCUUUUAAUAAAAAUGGUUAAGUUUUAGAAUAAUGGAAAACCUAGUCAACAGAUAAAUUACAUAAAUGUUAAGAAUUAUUACAAAAAAUGUAAAAUGUAACAAAUAAAAUUCAGUAAAAAACUAUUUAAGAUUUGAAACUUAUUUAAGAAUUAGAAUCAAACAAUUCAAUUGUAAUUUAAUAGUUAUGUAAACUAUAAAAUAAACUUAGAAUAAAUGUCAUGUGAUUCAAGUUAUUUGGAGUCUUAAGAUUUAUAUUUACAUUUUCCUAUGUAAAAUUAAUAAUAAGAUUUCAAAAGGAAAGAUGUAGAUUUUGAAUUUCAAACAACUCCAUAUAAUCUAGAAAUCUAAACAAAUGUUGGAACUGUAAAUUUAUUUGUAGAAUUAUUGUGUGUUAGCAUUUUAAGUACAAUUUAUGUUUAUUAAUAAUUAGAUGAUGAUUUAACUUAAUUUAUUUAGAGAAUGAAUUAUCCUUAUGGUUUAUAGCCAUAUGAUAAAAUAAGAAAAAUUCAUGGAUAUAAUAUUGUUUAAGAUAAAUAAUAUGAAUAUCCAAUAUAGGAUUGUGUAUUCUAAGAAAUAUAGGUAUGAUAAUAUCAUAGAUUAAGCAAAGUAGUAAUCCGUAUGAAUAAAUUCAUAAUAAAGCUAUUUUUGAUACUUUUAAUGAGAUUCUAAAUUUAUAUAGACCAUUUUAUUAUUGUGAUGGUCAACCAUAUCCUUGGGAAUUCUAUAGAAAUCUAAUAGUUACUUUAUACAAUGAGGAUAAUGUGAGUCUUUUAUUAGAGAAGGCUAAGGAAAAAGUAAUAUAGUAUGCAUCUACAUUAUGUGGAUUAAUAAAUGAUGAUGAUGAGAAUAUUUAAUCACGUUUAAAUUAUGAGGAAGUAUUGUAAAGUUUGAUGAAUUCUGAUUAUUUAUAGUAAUUAAGAAAUGAAAGACUUUAAUUGUGCAUAAAGAAUGAAGUAUGAUAUAUAAUAAAUGUAUAGUUAGAAGAGAAUGAAUAUGAAUGGAGAUAUCAUGAUAAGACAGAAGCACUAGUUGAGAUAACAGAUUGCAUCUUUGAAGAAUUGGUAAAUGAAUUAAUGGUUGAAUUGUAUUGA